AUGGCAUCAGACGGCGGACAGCAGGUCAAUGGCGCAAGCGGCAAGACCCCACGAGCGAAUGGCCUCACAGUGCAACUCACACCAGCACAGAGGGCAGGCGUGCAACGGAGCGACACCGUCUUCUUCGAUGCGCCCGAGAGCUCAGACGAGCCACCUCACAGCAAAGAGCCCGACGACGCCCCGCGAGCGCCGAUGCAACGCACGCAGACGGCCAACACCAUGUCCUCGAUGCUCUCCGUCCCGCCCCCCGGCUCCGUGCUCACCGGCAAGCAAGAGCACUACCUGAAGCGCGAACUGCUCGCCCACCAGACCGAGUGGGAAGUCAGCGAGCUCGCCCACCCCACCGCGCUCCAACGCUUCGGCGCACCCUUCCGCUCUGACGCCGGCGAGGUUGCGCCUGAAGACUCCGAACUACCGCUCCUACGAUACAUCUUCGUGCACCAUGUGCGUAACUUCCCCUUCCUCAACCAGGCGAAGGAGAAGGAGUUCUGGCAGGACAAGCUGCAGGUGUUUCUCGAGAGCUUCGCCAACAAGCACAUCUCGUCGUCAGAAGACCGGUUAGAGGAGACGAAGCGGUCGAAGCUGGCGACUAAAGCGACGAAAUUGGUGGAGCUGAUGAUGGUGUCGGGUAUCCCGACGGCGUCCGGGUAUGAAGAGCGCAUUCGGUUUUCAGAGAUGGAGGUGGUGGAUCGAGGAGCGAACGAGCAGGGUUUGGUGGUGAAUGUGCCGCAGGGACACCAGAUUAACGGUUGGGAUGUCAACGUGGCGGGCGUGAAGCAGGUUAGUGUCAAGCGGCACGUUCGGCGCCACGCUCACGCGGAGUUCAUCAUACGGGUGAAGAGGCGGGAGGAGGAUGAGAUAUACGUGACGAGGAGGUUUGGCGACUUCAGACGCAUGCACAAGCAGUUGCGGUUGGAGCUGCCGGGGAAGGUCUUACCACCGCUGCCGCACAAGAACAAGACGCAUUCCAUCUACAGCGGUAAAGACGACGAUGACGCGGAUAGCAUCGACUCGUUCUCGACGCAGGAUACUGCUACGCCGGAUGGGAGCGCGGAGUCGGGCGGUUUCCGGUCGUACCUUUCAUCCUGGGCGCCGGGAUCAAGCGCUCGGAGUCAUUCUCGCACUGAAUCGAGGACGUCGCUUGGGACGGCCUCGCCGCGGCAGUCGAUAGACGCUCUUUCUCGCGACUCUCCGGUCAACUCGCCACUGCGAGGAGCUUCGCCAGCACCUCCGUCUACUACGCUUUUCCGGGAGGAGCAGCGGGUUUCGCUUCGUGCUUUCCUGCGCAACUUCCUGCAGAACGAGGCUAUUUCUCAGUCGCAAGCUAUGCAGGAGUUCUUGACGAAGGACCCGGUCAAGCUCGGACGAGAGGAGGUGGACGACAUCGACCGCCGGAAGGUCAUGGACGAGAGACGCAUGGAUGAGCAGCGCAGGUUCUUCGAGGUGGCGCGAGAGCGUGCGAGAGAGCUUGACGUGCACAUGGAGAAAUUCAGGCGGAAGGUCAUUGAGAGAGAUGGUCUGCGUGACCUCUUUGGUGAGAUCAAGCGGAAACAGACGAUUGCUGAUCUGGACCCGGAGUACCGCAAGUUCGCCGAGUGGUUGCGUAUAGAGGUGGCUGCGACACUCUACCAUCUCUUUCUGGCCGAGGACAACAGCCCGGAGUUGUUUGCGCAGUUCAAGCGGAUCCAUAGUCUGGUUCCGUACACCGCGCUGAAGCAGGUCAUCCGGUUCACUAACCCGGCCGCUGUCAUGGCUAGCGUCCUUGACAUCUUCAUGGCUCAGCCGCUCGGUGCGAAGAGCUUACUGCAGCGGAUCUUCGGGCUGGCGCUGGGUGAUGGCAUACGCACUAUCCAGAAAUCGAUCGAUGCGCUGACCACGAAGAUCGAAGAGCCGGUGCUGUGCGAGAAGAUCAAGAACCACAGCGAAGCAGACAAGGCCACCAAAGACACCAUCCGCCACGACGCAACGGCAGAACAGACGGACCUCCUCGUCAAAGUCCUCCAAUCCGAAGACAUCUCCCCCGAACUCUCCAGCGAGCAAAUCGGCCAAGUCUUCAACGCCUACGUCGCCUGGGACAACGCCGUCGAGAACGUCGACGAGCAAAUGCGCCAGGGCGCCGAACUCUACGCCCGUCUCAAACAACUCAUGAAACUCUACACCCGCCAGCGCGACAAGAAGAUGAUGCUCGAGAUGGUCGAAGAGCCCACCACGCUGCGCCUCUUCCGCGACCUCUUCACCAUCUUCUACGAACCCCUCGUCCGCGUCUACAAAUCCGCCAACGUCUACAACAGCGUCACGGACUUUGCCCGCUUCGCCGACGACACCAUCGCAACCAUCGAAAAAGCGCAGCGGCAGGACGUCAGCGCCGACCCGAACCAGACGGUCCAAUCCUUCAUCGACCUGUGCGCGCGCCACGAAGAGGAUCUGUAUAAGUUCAUCCACGAAGUGCACACGCACGACAACGGCCUCUUCGACAAACUCAUGACGUGGAUCGAGGGCAUUCUCGAUUUCCUGCGCAACGGGCCCGCCGGCGGGAAGUUGGACAUGAACGCGCUGUUCCAGGGCGCGGUGGAGAUGAAGCAGAUUGAUCGCGAGAAGGCCGCAAGGGAGAUCAACUCCCUUAUCAAAUGGCAGCACGCCCGGAAGCGCUGGCACGCGGACAAGACGCGGCAGAAAAUGGCGCAGGCGGAAGCUAAUCCCACCGAAGGUAGUGGUGGAGGGGACGCCAUGGCCGGGCUCGCAGCGACGUUCAAACCUGGAGAUUUCGGCCUGAACGCCAUGGAUCUGCAGGACAUGGAUAUGGGCGAUGAGGACGAGGAGUUCAGCGAGAGUGAAGAAGAGGAUGAGGAGGUGGAUCCGAUCGCGGCGGAGAGGAAGAGGAGGCGGAGGAGGCAGGAUGUGUUGAAGAGGAGUGCGGGGGAGCCGAUGAAGCCGGGGAUUGAGGAGGUGUAUAAGAUGGAGCCGCAGUUUUUGGCUAUGGUUCGGAUGGUGCUUGCUAGUGAUUGA